AACUUCCGGUGCGUCAGUGAAAGAAACGUAAACAUUAUUUAAUUUUACGUAAAAGUGCGCCCCUUAAUUACUAUUUACCGGAAUAUUAAUUAACCAAUGAAAUGUGAAUAACUAACAUUUCCCAAUGUACACGCUUCUUGAGAAAUCGAGAAAUGUGUCAAAAUAUGACGGAUAAGAUAGCUCCAGGUUAAAUGAAAACUGCAAAUUAAAUUGUUUUAAACCGCUUAACAGUCACAAAAAUGACCAAAAUGUUACUAUGAGUUUCCUCAUAUAUAUUCAACUAACGUACGGUAUUUCGUGAUGACUUUACAAGGUAUUUAAUUGAAGGAAGUGACCGCUUUAUUUGUCAUAACCUUCAACCAGUGAAAUACUAGUAAAAGAGCCUGGCGUUUUAUUUCAAGAGUAAACUGGUCGCGCGUCUGUUAAAAAAAUAAAGUGAACAAAUACUUGUAAAAUAAUAAAUAUAACUAUAUGUGGUUAUAUAUUUUGGAAAAUUUAGACAAGUUUUAGGAGAACUCGGGAUUUUAAAAAUAACUCGUUUACACAGUUUAUUUAUCGGAUAUAGAAAAUAUGAAGGUUCUGCAAAUUGUUUUAGGGUCAUUGGUUCUUACUUGCAAUGUAAUAGCACAAAACUUUCCAACAGGGCAAACUGUACCGCAAAAUCCACAGUUUAACCAGCAGCCACAAAACCCACAAUUUGUUCAGCCGACAAUGAACCAACAGUCGCAACAAACACCCCAAGCGUUCCAACCUGGGCAACCAGCCAAUCAGAACUUUCCUCAGCAACCCGGUCAAAUGGUUCCUGGGAAUCAAAAUGCUAACACGAAUGGGAACCAGAUGAAUCCACAAGAAAUGACACCAGAACAACAAAGUCAAAUUUCAUGCGCACAGGCUGGACGAGCAGCUGUAUCGCAGUGUUUCCAACAAAAUGGCGGCUUUCAAAUGGUCACCGUGAUUGCCCUUCUUUCAAAUGGUACCCAAGGUCAGCUUCCACCAAAUUCCGAUCAGAUCAAACAGAAUCUAUGUCAGUCACACCAACAGAUUGUAGCUUGUGUAUUCAGUGGUAUAAAACGAUUUAAUGGCACACAGCAGUGUAACACACCCGCUGCAUUUACUAGACUCGAACAGGAAACAGUCGGUCUUCUUAAUGGAGUCCAACAGAUGUGCGGAAAAGGUUUGAUGCCAAAGGUCACACCAUGUAUGCAGAGAUUGAACUUUGACAUGAUGCAGUGUUAUAAAGAAGCUGGUCUCAACCCUGACCUUUUCUCACCUCGAUGUUCCAGGAUUGAGGGCGCGAUAAUAGGUGACAAUAGAGAAGUUGCCCGUAUGUUCUGCAGUAAGCGACAGGCACUUUAUUCAUGCCAGAACCGUGUGAUAGAUAGAUGUGACGGUGCGAAAACCCUGCAACUGUUAGGUGGUAACGAUCAACGCUCAAUGCAAGCCGGUAUGGACGUUCUAUGCAAAGAUGUAGACGUGUACGUUAGCGGACUAGUCUGCUUCCAGUCGCCGACACCAAAGGUUGAGUCAUGUGCCAACAAACUUAUUGGAGAAAUGACAGAAUUAACCAUGAGACAAAUCAAAGAAAAUAUGAAUGCUGACACGUUUUCCCGCGAAUAUUGCAAGGUCAGACUAUCAAAUCUUCAAUGUGAUAGUAGCGCCUGGGAGCAGUCAUGCGAACGUGUGGCAGUCGGACUGAAAACAGAGUACCAAUGCAAUCUACUUCCGGCUAAUUGCAAAAAUGACUCAUCAAUCAAAGAUAUCUAUCUUCAAGCAUGCGCAGAGAAGGCUUUCGCUCGUGAAUUAAGAAGUACUCAAUCCGGGGCUGUUUCUUUGGUCUCGGGGGCUUCAGCUGUUAUAUCAACACUUUUAUCUGUAUUUGUUAUGACAUUAUAAUAUUAUUUUUAUAUCUGGACGACUGCAAUGUUAGAUUUGAAUUAUUUUGGUGUCUUUGGCCAGACACGUGACCAAAAAUUAGUUGAAGUUAUGUUAUAUUGUAAAUACUGUAUAUAUAUAAACAUGUUGUUCAUAUGAACGAAAGAAAACUCGUGAACUAGAGAUAAAAAAUAAUUUGUCUUGAAAAGUGGCUUGUGUCACAUUAUUGAAAAUCAGGCUGAUUCCUUAUAAACUGUGUGUCAUGUUUGUUCAUUAUUCAGGGCAAAUAUGUAAAUAAAUGAAAAUAAGAAUUCGCGACAUGUA